AAAAUUUGCCGUUGGAAAAAGGUGCAAGCUGAUUGGCUCGCUUGCUUAUCAGUCAGAAGUGUCCACGUAGUUUACGGAACAUCUUAACUGAGCCACAGUUUUACUCUCAGGUAGGAUGAGCGUGGGCUUCAUAGGAGCGGGCCAACUGGCUCACGCUCUGGUGAGAGGCUUCGCAGCCUCAGGCGUGAUUGCCACCCACAGAAUCACAGCCAGCUCCCCAGACACGGACCUCCCCACGGUGCAGGCGCUACGGAAACUGGGUGUGAGUUUGACCACCAGCAACAAGGAGACGGUGAACAAGAGUGACGUCCUCUUCCUGGCUGUGAAGCCCCACAUCAUUCCCUUUGUGCUGGAUGAGAUUGGACCGGAUAUCGAGGAUCGGCACCUUAUUGUGUCCUGUGCUGCAGGAGUUACCAUCAGCUCAAUAGAGAAGAAGCUGCAGUAUUUUCGUGAUUCUCCCAAGGUCAUGAGAUGCAUGACCAACACCCCGGUGGUGGUGCGUGAGGGGGCGACCGUGUACGCCACCGGCACCCAUGCCGACGUGGAGGACGGGAGGCUCCUGGAGCAGCUGAUGGCCAGUGUAGGAUACUGCACGGAGGUGGAGGAGGACCUGAUCGAUGCUGUGACUGGCCUGAGUGGCAGUGGCCCUGCUUAUGCAUUCACAGCUGUCGAUGCUCUGGCUGAUGGUGGAGUGAAAAUGGGUCUGCCCCGGAGACUGGCUGUGCGCCUUGGAGCUCAAGCCCUGCUGGGGGCAGCACGAAUGCUGUUGGAUUCAGAGCAGCACCCCGGGCAGCUCAAGGAUAAUGUGUGUUCACCAGGGGGCGCCACCAUUCACGCCCUACACGUCAUGGAGAGUGGUGGUUUCCGCAGCCUCCUGAUCAAUGCCGUGGAGGCCUCCUGUGUCAGGACCAGGGAACUUCAGUUUUUGGCCGACCAAGAGAAGAUUUCUCCAGCCGCCAUAAAGAAAACGACUCUGGACCAAGUGCUGCAGCAGCCGGGAGUGACCGCUGAGGCCGUUGGAGUCAGACCCCGUGGGAUCAGUAUGUUCAGCAAUGCACCCAGGACCAAGAAGAACUGAUCGGAGAAACUGAACACGUGAUUUGGCUUCACUGACCAUUAAAAUGUCUGCUGUCGAUGAAGCACUACUGGCAGAGAAUUGUUCAUAUAUAACUUAAACUAUAGCUCACAAUAUAAAAGCAGAAAUGGUUUUGGGGGAAAACUAUAUAAGCAUAAUUUCUUUUAUUCUGUUGGUUUCUACUUCUAACUUGGUUGAGUUCUAUUUACUAUCGCUUCUUCACUCGUAACAACACCUGGGUUCAUAUGGCUUUAUAAAUAUUCUAUAUAUUUUAUAAAACUUUUUUCUGAGCAAUAUGUAUAUUGUUUUAACAGCAUCAUGUUUGUAACUGGCAGAUGUCAUGAUGAUGGAGUCUGUGACUCUAGGACCACAUGAAAAGGUCGCCCUUAUAUGACAUGCACAUGAUAUGGUGGAGAGUGACCACUUACAUUUGCUGUGCCUUGCUGUAUAAAAAUUGCACCUUAAUAAACUGCAGCCAAUUGUUUUUAAAACUUAA